GGUUUGUAAUUUAAACACUUUUACUGCACUACUGUAGUAUUUCAAUGUGGGGCAGUGGAGAGUCUAUUAAAUGCCUCACUUUUAGUUCAGCACACAGUCAUUCAUGCCUGGAGAGCGCGCAUUACGCACGGGAGUCGCAGCGACGCACACGCGUUCCCAAAGUGUUUUGGGUUUUCAUCUUUCUCUCUUGGCUUCCCAGAGGUAAGGAACAUCACGUCCAACCACAGAAAACACAGGGAUGAACUAUUUUCAUCUAAAUGCGCAAAGACGGCAAUGUUCAAGUGAAGAAGCCUGGAUUUUGGACAGGUGUAUUUAAAAGCGCAUCCCAUCAUCAGCAUCAGAAAUUUUCUUGUUGACAAACUGAAAAUGGAUUACCGAUAGCUGGAUGUUAUUCAUCUACAUUUACAGUACAUUUAAGACGCUUUUACAAGAAAACAAAAGUGAGGAGUACAACAAAGCGAUCCAUAAACGAGGCAAUAACACGAGCACAGAUGUUGAAAGACCAUGCACAUAAAUAAAUGAUGCACUGGGACUCGGAUGCUUCCGGAUGAACAUCUCGUCUAUAGACUGUUGAGCAUGAAUCCUCUGUUUGUGAUGCUGCUAUUGAAGUGCGUAUUUUUAUUUCCUGGGUUUGUGCAAGGCUUCACAGAGUCCAGAUGUGUUGGCCGCGCCUGCAGCCCUCCUAUGGGUAACUUGGCUAUUGGCAGGACCCUCUUCACGCUCUUCAACUCUUCCUGCUCGCCGACUCAGCCACGCUGUGUAGCAGAGCUCCAUCCUCCUGCCAUGAUGGCAGAUGACCCAUUUCUUCAUCCAGAUACCUGGUGGGCUUCUGUGGCGACCGCUGGAGAAAAGGAAGAAAUUCGGCUUGACUUGGAGUCACGGUUCUGCCUGAGCCAUGUCGUGAUGUUGUUUCGUUCCCCACGUCCUGCUGCCAUGAGGCUGGAAUGCUCGCGGGACUUCGGUCAGACGUGGGAAACUUUAAAACUGUUUGCCAGGAACUGCAGUGAGAUGUUUGGAGUCCCUGACGAUGUGAGCCAACCAGGAGCUCUGUGCACAUCCAGGUAUUCCAGUGUGCUCCCAUGCAGCAGAGGAGAGAUCAUAUUCCGGUCCAUAGGAUUAGGAAGUGGGAUUGUUGAUCCUUACAGUCCCGAAGCUCUGUCCCGACUGACCCUGACUAACCUGCGAAUACAGUUUCUGAAGUCUCAGCAUUGUCCAGUCUCUAAAAGCCAGCGGAGUGUCCAGGAUCCCACAUUUUUACCCAAAAUGCAAAGCAGGUCACUCACAGCUAGCUCAGAUCAAGAUUCAUCUCCUUUUGCUAUCUACUCUCUUGUGGCUAAAGGGACGUGUUUGUGUCAUGGUCAUGCUGAACACUGCCUUCCUAAAAAUGAAGGACAAGACAGCUUGCAAGACGGCAAUAUGGUGUCUGGUGUGUGUGUGUGUACCCACCACACAGCUGGUGAACAUUGCGAGAGGUGUGAGCCACUCUACAAUGAUCGACCCUGGAGAGCUGCCAACGGAAGCAGCGGUGAGAGCAACCCAUGCCAGAAAUGUGAUUGUAAUGCGCACGCAGAAAGCUGUCACUUCUCGCAGCGAGUGUGGCUGUCAACAGGGGGCAGUAGUGGUGGCAUCUGUGACAACUGCCAGCAUAACACCGUGGGUCGCCGGUGCCAGCGCUGCCGCCCCGGAUUCCACCGUCACCCUGCCAGACCCCUCAACUCGCCACAUGCUUGCACACGAUGCUGGUGUGACCCAGUUGGCUCUGUGUCAGCGAGCAGCGAGACACCGUGGUGCCAUCCCAGAAGUGGACAGUGUCACUGUAAACCUGGUGUGGGUGGCACCACCUGCAGUCAUUGUGUCGCGGGGUACUGGGGCUUCGGAGAGGAAGGCUGCAAAGUUUGCGUGUGCCCUUUGACCUGUGACCCCAUCACUGGUCAUUGUCUAGACAGCAGAGGGAAUGUCAAGCUUUACAAUGUACGCAUUGGUGGGAAAAUUCCUGAACUGUCCCACUUUAAACCUCAAGAGGAUGAGAGGGUGUGGCCUAAAGAACUGGCCAUCUCUGCACUGUACUACACAGGGAAGUGUAGCUGUAAGGAGAAAAGGCUGAAAAGUGUGUCUGAUCUUUGUAAGAUGAAACACACAUACGUGAUCAACGCCAGCGUGUUAUCCGCUCAUGAUAAGGGCACACACGCUGUUGUCCAGGUUAAAGUGAGAAAAGUGUUUCGUUCUGGAAAGCUGCCUCUUUCACAGGGCACGCACACACUUUACCCGCUCUCCUGGACCAGCCGGGGAUGCACCUGUCCCAUUCUUAACCCAGGUGGAAAUUAUUUGCUGGCUGGUCCAGAAGAGGUUAAAUCAGGGAGGCUAUUGGUCACCAUGCAGAGCCUGGUGGUGCCCUGGACCCCAACCCUGGGCUUUCAAGUUACAGAAGCACUGCACCAGGGCUGCCUUUGAGGCUCUUAACCCGAAUGUAGCGAAACACUACUAAAACUUGAAAGGCUUGU